CAGCUGUUGUGGUAUUUAUUUCAAUGGGGACUCCCUGUUCCCACAGGGAUAGUGGUGCUAAAUUCACAUUAUCCAGCAUCCCUUUUGUCAUCCUGGAACUUGUCAUUGGAAUGUUGUUGUGCUUACAUAAUCUCCUGCAAAACUAGGCCUUUUCAAUCUACUGCUCCAUUCCCCUCAGUCUCACUGGGACAUUACGCACUCACAAGGGUGCACAUAUGGACACACAUGUCCACACAGCCUUCUGCUCAAACUCCUCUCUGCACGGGACAUGGUCGCAUCAAUCUUUGCACUUUGAUCAGACACAUACCCUUGUGCAUGCACUCAAAUACACACAAAUAGUGUAUCACAGCGCCCUGGAUUAGGGGUACAGAUUAGAGAUUAGGGCCAGCAUUAGGAUUACGCAGUACUCACCAGCCCCGCCUCCAGCGUAGAUCAGAAGCACCUCUGCCCCUAUCAUCUACAGUGGUGCUACACAUAGACAUACUGAUAGAAAGGAAGAGAGAGUGAAGCAGAGUGAGGGUUUUUACACUUAUUCUUGUUCCCUAAUCCUAAAUUAGCACCUGCAAAAAUGUCAUUACCUCUGAUGAUUUCUAUUGCCUUUUGGUCCAUAGUCAUCGUAUCAUAUUGUCUAUUGUUCUCAGUUCCUUUCUCUCUCCGUCUCUCUCUCUCUCUUAAAUUUCUCACAUGGCUUAAUCCUAAAGGCAUCUUCUUCAUCGCUGCGUCUAGCGUCAUUCACACUAACCACCGCUCACAUUCCCUCUUAUCACAUCCUACCUGACUAGGUCAAUUCCAUGGAUUGGCUUUGAUAUCCAUAGAUAUUAGAUGGAAGUCAAGAGAACUCAUAGGAAUGAAUGACCUAGAAGGGCGUAAAAGGAAAGGGUUUUAGAAGAACAUUGAGGAUAGCUGGCUGAAGCCUCCAGGGAUUCUACGUCUUACACCAGAUGAAAUGUUAAAGGAUGUGGGGGAGGACCGCCAAAGGACUGAGGUGGUAUAUUGAUUGCCGAUUCACUAUCUAGAACCUUGAUUUUCUACCUUGGCAUUUGGGCCCCUCCGCAGUGGUCACAAGCUAUUUAAGGGAGAACUUGAUAUGUGAAUGCCGUCAUGCCGUUUGGGUGCCUUGCCCUGCGGGAUGGGCGGAGUUACAGUAGCAUGUCUGAUGUCACGGACAAAUAUGAGAUUGGACAGGUCCUCAGAGCGAAGGAGUUCUGCGAGCUGUGCCUUGCUAAGGACAGACAGACAGACAAGGUGUUUGUCUGCAAGAAAUUCCUCAAGAAAGACGGCAGGAAAGUCCGCAAGGCUGCCAAGAACGAAAUCAUGAUCCUGAAAUUGGUCACCCAUCCAAACAUCUUGCAGCUGAUAGACACAUUUGAGACCCGGAAAGAAUACUUCAUCAUCCAGGAACUUGCCACAGGAGGAGAUGUAUUCGACUGGAUUCUGGACCAGGGGAAUUACACAGAGCGAGACGCUUCCAACGUCAUCAGACAGGUCCUCGAGGCUGUGGCGUACUUACACUCCCUCAACAUAGUUCACAGGAACCUUAAGCUGGAAAACCUGAUGUACUACACAGAAAACAACCACAACAAAGUGGUUCUGAGGGACUUCUACUUGUCCCGGUUUGAGAACGGACCCAUCACAGAGCCUUGUGGAACACCAGAAUACCUGGCUCCUGAAGUGGUGGCUCGUCACCGUUAUGGUCGUCCCGUCGACUGCUGGGCUGUUGGUGUCAUUAUGUUCAUACUGUUGUCAGGUAACCCUCCUUUUUAUGAUGAAAUAGAGGAGGAGAACGCAGAUCUACAUAAUCGUAUCAUCUUCUGUCGCAUCGUUGCCGGGGAAUUUGAGUUUGAUUCUCCGUACUGGGAUGACAUUUCACCUGCAGCUAAGGAGCUUGUCUGUCGACUCAUGGAAGUGGACCAGAUGCUGAGAAUUACUGCACAGGAUGCACUUUGGCACGAAUGGAUUGCGGGGAACGGUGCAUCAGAGAAGAACCUAAAGGAUGGUGUGUGUGCCCAGUUUGAGAAGAACUUUGCAAAGGCCAAAUGGCGGGAUUUGAAGAAAGCGAUCCGCGUCACCACCUUCAUGCAACGAUUAAAGAAUUCAGAAGCACUGAAUGACAGUUCAGCCGAGGCUCAGGGCAGUGAGGAGGCAGGAGAUGGUGAAGGCGGUAUGUCCCAGGGCGCAAGUGAUGAGGGAGACAAAGGUACAAGUGAUGGAGGGGUUACUUCAAGUAGUGUGUCUUCAGAAGUUACUGUUGAAAAUACACCGGUCGGUAUGGACCAGAAUGAGGGGAAGAUUAAGGUCAAUGAAAAACAGGAUGAGGUGAAGAUGAGUAUAGGCCCGUCGGUGGGAACAUCCCCAUCAGAUAUUAUUGAGCCUUCAUGUCAACAAACCAAAACAAACGCAGACCCCAGAGUUGCACAGGAGGAGCCUGAUAAGGCCAAUGCAAAGAAAACCGCUAGCGAUGGAACGAGGAAAAUGGCUGCCAAUUUGGGUCAAAACGAAGUUGUUCCAGAAUCUAAACCGACGCCCGUGAUGACACCUGACCCUUCCAAGCUUUCGGACUCUUCUUCGGGCAUUAUACGCCCAUCCGCCUCCCCUGAUCCCAGCGGCAAACGCAAGAUGGCCGCCACGCUCCAUGGCCUUCCGCCCGCAGGUGGAACCGGCUCAACGGAGAAGAAGCCACCCGCCCAGAGGGAGCGGAAGGUUGAGACUGACGGAAGCUGGUGCCAGACCCAACUUCCCGAGGCGGUGGCAGAGCGGUCCGUGGCGGCCACUGGAGCACUCGGGCCUGGAACUGGGGUGGAUGUAGGAGCAGGAGUUAGGCUGAGGGGUGAUGCCAGCCCUGCAGGUAGAAGGGACAGGGAUGCCAGAACAACAGACCGACACAGCGCUGAGUUUAACCUAGCGAGGCCAGGUCCUGCAACAGGGCAGGGUUGUUAUACCGUAGGGAGCUCUGCUAGUUUAGGCCGUCAUACAACCCCAUACAAUCCAGAGAUUGCUAGUGUAGGGAUGGGGAUGGCAGGGAGCUACGGGAGUCCGUACUGUUCCUUGUACACAAGCGGAGGAGGGAUGUAUGGGACCGGGCUGCCACAUGGAGGAGGCGGGAGCAGCGCUACAAGCGACUGGCAGAUGGACAGUGUGAUCGAGGCGAUAGAAAAGCAAAUGGCCGCAGUGCUGGAGAAGAUUGAGGGAGACAUGCCCUCGCUGCUCGAGCAAAUCAGUGACUGUCCUGCUGAGGCACCGCACGCCAGGAGCACGCACGCCUCGCCUGCCGCGUCUCGCGCACGCUCCUCGCAGCACUCCACGGCCGCCGCCUCAGCCACUCCGCCGCCUCUUCCAACUUCUCCGAGGCCAGUGUUGCCGUCUAUCCCUCGCUUCACUAUCCCUCCACCCUCUUAUCCUCCACCCUCCCCACCCACACAAUCCUCCCCACGGGGUGCAGGAGAGCAGGAAGAGACAGAUGGACAGAGGAGUGCUGCUUGUUCCAGCCAGUCCCCCAGAGCUGGGAUGAGUAGGGGGCUAUGAGGCAGAUGUCUGUGAUGCAAUACACGACACCUGGAACAUUAUACAUAGUUUGAUUUUGAGGUUUUCAAAACUCUCUCCCAGAGGUUACAUCCAAUUACUCCCAGAAAAAUGGUAACAAUGCGCUGUUGUUUGAUUUGGCUGUGUGUUCAUAUUUAGAAUAUAUUAGUUUUGAGAAAACUCCCUGAGGCAUUCAAAUACUCGCAUGACUUGAGCGUACUGGAAGUAUCAUAGUGUACUGUAUUUCUCUGUAGGACAACUACAAAGACAAAGAGAGUAUGUGUCUCAAAUCCAGAUUGUGCGCAUGAAUGCUUACCACACAACUUCCUCAUACUGGAAUCUUAGGACUCAGCGCAGGUAGCAAAGAAUUGAUCUACACAAGUGAGAAUAACGAGGUAACAAUCUCAACUAAUUGUGACAGUUACAGUAAGGACGUUUUGCAUUAUUACGUUAUUAUGUUUUUGCAUUAUUCCCUACAGAAUGUAUAUACAUACAAAGAAUGGGAUUCUUAACUCUUCUCCAAUGCCUGUGUUGUAAACCUUGCAUAUCCAAACUGACAUUUACUUUUUUCUAAUUGGCUAAUCCGAGUUCGUUCUUUUAUUGUUCCUUUUUUAUGUAGCUAUUCAUUAUAUAGUAAGGCUUCAGAACCGUGAGCUUGCAGUCACAGUACAAACAUUUGUGAAAAUUACCUCAUUAAGCCGUUUCAUCAGCUGCUGGAGAUAGGGAUUUAUUUAACUGUAUACUGUAUUUGAACCUGUCACUCAAAGUCUUGUGAGUUGCUCCACACCUGUUGAAGAGUUGUGGAAGAUUUUAAGACACAAUAUAUUGUGUAAAGGCUUUGCAAUAACACACACACACACACACACACACACACACACAUACUCACAGACACACAAUUACUCCUUUACAUGAACUUUUUCAAUGUUCUCCAAAGUUUUUGUCCGGAAAGUUUUCAAUUGUAUUCGGUUUUGUCAUAACAUUUGUUUGGUAGGCCUACUGGCAUUUGGACUGGUGUAGUCUAUCUAUGAUCCUUUUUAUCAUGUAAAAAUAUUUCUGAAGUUCAUUCUGCUUUUGGAUCUAUGUCAUACCAAGUUGUGUGCUUUUGUCCCAAACAAUUCUAGACUUCCACUUCUCUGUCCCUAUGUAAACUGUGCUCUGUCUUUCAAUAAAAGUAACAAAAAAAGCUAAA